UCCCUCGUCCUUUCUUUCUCCCCUUAGCGGUGAAGGUGCAACAGUAUUCGGUCGUCCCGAACCCGGGUUCAUCCGACACCCUCACCAACCAAGCUGAACUGAGCUCAACCUCCACAACAGCAACAUGCCUCCCAAAUUCGACCCCAACGAGAUUAAAGUUGUGUACAUGAGGUGCACAGGAGGAGAAGUUGGUGCCACCUCCGCUCUGGCCCCCAAAAUCGGACCUCUGGGUCUGUCUCCCAAGAAAGUUGGUGACGACAUUGCCAAGGCCACCGGUGACUGGAAGGGCCUGAGGAUCACAGUGAAGCUGACCAUCCAGAACAGACAGGCAGCGAUUGAGGUGGUUCCCUCUGCAUCCGCUCUGAUCAUCAAGGCUCUGAAGGAGCCUCCUCGUGACAGGAAGAAGGUCAAGAACAUCAAGCACAGUGGAAGUGUGAGCUUUGACGAGAUCGUGAGCAUCGCCCGUGUCAUGAGGCCUCGCUCUAUUGCCAGAGAGCUUUCAGGAACUAUCAAGGAGAUCCUGGGAACAGCUCAGUCUGUCGGCUGCACCAUCGAUGGUCGUCCUCCUCAUGAUGUUAUCGACGACAUCAACAGUGGAAAAGUCGAGUGUCCGUCUGAGUAAAUGUGGACAAAAUAAAGUCCUUAAAAAAACUG